CCUUCUGUCUUCCGGCCUCUCGCCACCGCACGCACGCACGCGCCAGCUCCAUCCCGCAAGAAACCAUCCAUCGGAGGCGAUCCAAGCUAGGGGGGGUGAUGACGCCGCCGUCCUCCUUCCCGGGCAACGACGCCGGCGCCUGCGACGACGACGGCUCGCCGCACGGGGUCAAGAAGAUGUGGACCAAGGAGGAGGACGACCUGCUGCGGGAGCAGGUGCGGCGGUACGGCGGCCCGCACAACUGGGACAACAUCUGCCGAGCGCUGCCCGGCCGCAACUCCAAGUCGUGCCGCCUCCGCUGGUGCCAGCACCUCGAUCCCAGGGUGGAGGCCGUCAAGCCCUUCACCCGCGAGGAGGACAUGCUCAUCGUCAAGUACCAGGCCGCCUACGGCAACCGCUGGUCCACCAUCGCCGAGUUCCUCUCCGGCCGCACCGACAACGCCGUCAAGAACCGCUGGAACUCCGUCCUCCGCAAGCGCCAGGAGCACGCGCCCUCCCAACAGGGCCAAACGCGCUCGUGGGCUCCUGCCGCCGCCCGUCAGGCCGCGGGCCCCGAGGUCACGCCGCGGUGCCUGCCGCUGUUCCCUGGUUCGCCCGAGGACGUGCCGGAUGCUGAGACAUGUGCGCCGACGAGGGAGUGCCUCGACCUGUUCCCUCUGGCGCCCGGGGAUAUCAUCAGGGGCAAUGCGGCUGCUGCGGCGCCGCCGAGUGACAUGUCCUGCGGAUUAGGCGACCCGCUCACCGAGCUGAGGAUCUGGCCGGAGGAGAGGGUGGUGUUCGACGUAAUGCCGCUCCAGGCUUACAGGAUGUAGAUUCGUUCUAGUCCUCUUGCCUUGACUUGGUUGUUCUUUCAUCUUACUUUUUGCUGAUCGUGACGAAUUUUCCUAGUGGGAUUGACUUGUAAUGGAAGAGCUGUGGGUGAAGAAUGUUAGGACGCCAUUGUACCGGAAUUAAUAGCUGUGGAUCUUGGUAUCAAAGGAACGCUGGAUUUUCUGUAAUGGUCUUGCUUGCUGGUUAGGUAAUCAAGAAAGUUCUAAACUUAGUAUAAUUCUGUGUGCUUCUUGAUGAUCAAGAAAAUUCUUAACGCGUCUUGUAAUUUCCAUGGCCUUUAAUUUGUAAUCAACAAAUCUGUUUUUA